AUGCGGAUUAUUUAUGUUCUAGGAAAACUGGGCCUUACAGGAACAAUGGUUUUUAUUGCUGGAGGUCUUAUUCCUGCAAGAUUUCUUACUCUUAUAUCUCACCUCACAAUUGUCAUCAUAAUACUGUGGUCCAGAGAUGAAAAUAUAAAGGCCUGCUUACCAUUUGAAUACACAACUGAGGAUUAUUCAAGAAAGGACAUUGAGUUACAAACUGGAUUGGGAAUAGCCAUAAUGUUGAUUGGCUUUGAGUUGUUGACAUUUUUACUGGGAAUAACAAUGUUCAUGCCUUCUGCAGCAAUGAUUUCUAUUGCUGCUCACUUCAGUGCCUCUGUCCUCCUUGCAUACUUCUUGUUUGAUGAAUGGGACUGCAGCUUGUAUUGGUGGGUGUUUGCAUUUUGCAGUAUGCUACCAGCUGUCAUAGAUGCCACCACAGCUAUUGGAGUCCUUGUCCUUAAAAAGAGUUGA